UUUAGCCCACUCUCUUCUCUUGCACUCAAACAUCCACACACACCCACUGUCAUUCACACUCGCCCACGCACACACGCAGUAGUUUCCAUUUCAUCCCCCGACACACGCAAACACAGAAGCCGGCUGGAUGCUACUUGAAAGAACUUGUGGAUGUCUCUAAUUUAAACUUUUAUUGUGUUUUUUUUCCCUUCCCUUAUCCUUUUAUGACGGUGACAACUUUGGAUUUGGAAUUCACGGGGUAAAUGGAUAACCGAAGGAAGUAAUCAGGUUCCAGAAAAUUGGGAACCACGCCGGUUGUGGGACUACAAAAACGCAUUUAAUUGGGACAAUGAAAGAUUCUGUGCUGUAUAUUCCAUCUGACUGAACGACUAAGCCAGUGAUAACCCUGAAGAUGUUUCCAAGUGUGGGUGUGAUGCUGGCAUUGUGGGCCCUCGUGCUUCCCGGGGGCCAGGCUUGCCCCAGGAGCUGCAACUGCUACCAGGCCAAUGAAGUCCACUGCACUUUCCGCUCCCUGCUCAACGUCCCUUCUGGAUUGCCUGCACAUACGCGCCGCAUCAACUUGGGGUUCAAUAGCAUCCAGAGGAUUCAUGAUAGAUCGUUGGCCGGGCUACAGAGGUUGGAGCUUUUGAUGUUGCAUAGCAAUGACAUCCACCAACUGGCGGACGCACUGUUUCGAGACCUGAAAUCACUACAGAUACUAAAGUUGAGCUACAACAAGCUGACAGAGAUCUCUUCAACUCAGACUUUCUCUGGCCUGACCUCGCUACUGCGCCUGUACUUGGAUCACAACCACCUCCAGUACAUCCACCCUCGGGCCUUGCUCCAGCUGCCAAGCCUCCGUCUGCUCCGUCUACAAGGAAACAAGCUGCAUCAGCUGCAUCCCCAGGCUCUCUGUACACUUUCACUACUGAACACGUACUACUUUUCAACACUGCGACACCUUGACGUGUCCAACAACAGUUUAAGCACCCUGCCCCAGGCCACCUUACAGACGGCACCGAUGCUGGAAACACUAGUGCUUCAGGCUAAUCCCUGGAGCUGCGACUGCAGGAUGAGUUGGUUUCCCGCUUGGAGUUUUCUUCACCCAGAUUUAAUGAAAUGUUCCGAAGGUCCUCAGUGUCCAAUAUGUGAGUCACCAAGUGGGCUUCAAGGUCAAGGCUUGAUGGAUCAGAAAGAUCUGACCUGCACCUCCCCUGUCAUUACCCUGCGGGGAGAAGAGACACCAGCCGGGACGGAACUAGGAGAAAUCACACCAAGUGAAACUUUCAGAGAGCCUUUAGGCGUUGCUUCACUCAGCCUGUCGGAUCAACAGGGGAACAGUGUUGAACUGCGCUGCAACAUCACUCUUUCGGCGGACUCUAAGAAUGCGUCUCCUGUUCCCGAUCUCUCCCUACUCUCCUCUUCACCUAUUGCCAUGGCUCUGUCAUUCUCUCUUGAGUGCCCUGUGGAGAGAGAGAGUUAUGACAGUCUUUGGAGGAUUCUGGCUUACUAUAGUGAGACUGCAGUACACCUUGAGAGGGAACUCAUGCUGAAUAAACGUCCAAAGCUGGCCUACCGCUACAGGCAGACAGCAGAGUCAGAAGGGUAUUAUAAUACCGGGGUCAAAGCCGCUAUCUCAACAGGACCGCAUUGGUUAAUGCAGCCAGCUAUUGGUAUUCGACUUAACAGAGCACAGUCCGGCCGAGACACAGUCAGCCUUAUAUAUUCAACGAGAGUUUCUGCUCAUCCUGACCCCAAUACUGAACCUAUAACAUCUACCACUGCUUCUCACCCAUGGGUACUCAUUUUGACUAACCAUACCACUACAGCAGUGACAGUAGCCCCCGGCACUAAGCUGGAGCUCACCUGUCCUCUUCUUAGUUCGAGUCAGCCCAAAGUACAAUGGAUUCUGCCAGAUGGAUCCAAACUUGACUCCAGUAGUCAAGACGCUAGGAUUCAGGUCUCUGGUUCUGGGAUAGUGUUAGAGAAUGUAGAGCACUCAGAUGCAGGGACUUACUACUGUGUAGCGCGGACUGGCAGGGAUUUAGAUGUUCUACCGCUGCGUCUGGCGGUAGAGGGGUCCUCUGCCCCACCAACAGGUGAGCAAGUCGGACGUCCUGUUACAGGGGCAGUAGGACAGCCUGUCAGCCUGUCCUGCAAGGCUUCUGGUUCACCAGAACCACACAUAUUUUGGGUGUUACCAAACAGGAAUAUAGUUAGUAAGGGAUUCGCAGUAUCGGGUGGACUUACUGUGCAAUCAAAUGGGAGUCUCUUUGUCCCUAACGCCUUACUGAGAGAUGCUGGCCAUUACCGUUGUGUCGCUGUCAACCAGUAUGGUAGUGCCUCGUUGUCCAUGAAUGUAGAAAUAAACCCAAGGAAGACGCUGUCACUUGGAGAUGCUCCACGGGGGCCACAAUCAGCCUCUGGGCGAUCAACAAAGAUACGGGCACCCUUACUCCGUCAAAUAGAGGAAGGCUCAGGGGAGGAAGUAGAGGAAGAAGGGAGAAUUGUAGUUCAUGGGAAACAUCAAAGUCGUACUCAACAAUCUCCAAAUAGACAAAAUCAAGUGAAGAAGCCCAUAAGACGAGGGCCGUUAAGAGAGGGUCCCUUGAGGAGAGGGGGAAGACCUCUAUCACCGGAGCAGAGGAGAAAUCGUUACACCGCAAACAAACAAAAAAUUGACCCCCUAAAAUGGGCUGACCUACUGGCAAAGAUUCGUCAAAAGACGACAGCCGCGAACAAUAGCGAGGACAUCAUAACAGAGAAGCCCACAGCAACAUCACUGAGAUAUGAUGAAGACAGAGAGAGACAUGAGGAUGGCGAUAACACAGAAGGAGCAGAUGGAUCGGAAAUGGAGGGCUCCUCAGUUGAUGAUGCUGUUCUGCGAGAGGAAAGUCUACAGCCCAUUUACCCCACUCACACACUAGUAGUCACAACAAAUGCGAAAAAUGAGUUAAAAUCAGGCAGUGAGAGUGAAGAGUCCUCAGAAACACAAACACAUGAGAAUGAGAAUGUGACAUCACCCCAAACAACAACACAGACAGAGCUUGUUAACUCAAAGCCAACAUUCGGAACUAAUGAAAUUGACCCAGAGGAGCAGGAAACAAAGCCCACCACAAGAAUCCGACCGUCAAAACCACAAAAGGGACAAAUGCCGAAUUUGCCAAACACUCGGCCACAAAGCCCUUGGAACUCCCGCAGAAGGAUCGGCCAGCGGCGACGGGUCACCGGUAGGACAAGGGGGCAACCUUUGACAUCACGUCGACCGCUACCCGAUCCUCUCAACCAAACGCCAAAUACUGUGAUGCCUGACACUUCCAUUAUUCAAAUGGUGACAACGACAACUUCCCCAACUUUAUCUGAAAAUACGGAUCGUAAUAAAACUCCUUUUUCAACGCCAAAUGUUGAGACUGAUAAACCUUCACCUCCUUCUCUUCCUACCACAAUUGGUAUUACCACUUCAACAUCUGACUUGCCGGGACCAACUCCUUCCUCCCUUACUUCAUUGAUGACUCAUUCAGGCAACAUACCAGACAGUGCCGAGUCGGCUGUUUCCAAAUCGCAAACAGACUCUGACGACGUCUACCCAAACACACAAACAGCCUUGAGCCGAAAUGAUGGCAAAAAGGGUGAAGGGCUGGAAAGUAAUUUGUUGGACAUCCUAAAUGAAUCUCAAUUCUCCACCCCUCGUGUGGCCACCCUCUCUUCCACUGUUUCCUUGGCAACAACUCCUUCAAUCAGUCUUACAAAUAAUCCUAUCACUACCUCUACAGGUGACGUAUCUGUUGUAACUUUUCACGACAGUCCAACAUCAACUAUAGUUACUCCGAUGACUGCCAACCCAAUUCCUUUGACAUUACCCCCCAUAAUCACCCCCAUGUACGAAACUAUUGAAAGUACCCCAACAUAUUCAACUCUUACAUCGACUGCUUCUACAACUGUUACGUAUUCAUCAACUACUCUCUCACCCAUUACUGGUUCCAUUAGGACGAAUAAUGAAGAUCCAUUCAAAGACAUUCCCUCAACUACCAUCGCUGAGCUUUCUAUUGUAGAAACUAGCACGCCUACUUAUAUAAACAGUGCCAUCUCCACCGAUAUUCCAAAGAGUGACAGUACAUCUAGUGCAUCUUCUAUUUCAACUACCACAUCAACAACAGAAUCAAAUACCGCUGCGUCACCCAGAGAAAGGCCAAAUAUCGGCCAGGUCGGCCCCAAAGGGAGGCCUGUGUCUGGCGCACCACACCAGAGUCGACCCCCAACUGACUGGAGAAACCCUGGAGCUAAUUUCAUUCCAGAUUCACACAGCAGCAGGCCACAGUGGUCUCCAUCUCCUCUUCCUGCCGCCCCUCGGUUUCCAGCUUUCCGAUCCAGGCCAAGGAUUGCAGACCCACAUAUCAGAACGGUGUCAUACCCAGCAGGAAACGUUGCCAGGCUGACUUGUGAAGCUCAAGGAGAGCCGAAGCCUUCCAUCACAUGGACCAAGGUCGCCACAGGAGCGGUGAUGUCUGCCCAUUCCAGGGCUCAACGUUUUGAGGUUUUGUCAAAUGGUACCCUUGUUAUCCAAAACAUUCAGCUACACGACAGGGGCACAUACAUUUGCAGUGCACAGAGUUUCCUGGGUCGCGACAGGCUGCUAACCACCCUGGAAGUGUGGACACGCCCGCCUCGAAUGCAGAUUGCUAGCUAUAGAGAAACCACAAUCCAUCAGGGCGGGGAGGUCCACCUGGAGUGUCAGGCCAGCGGUGUUCCGACACCUCUGCUCUCUUGGGUUCUUCCCGACCGCUCUGUCCUGACCUCCACGGCUAACUCCAGCAAUCGAAUCAGCAUGGAUCCAAAUGGAACCCUCCAUAUUUCAUCAACAUUACUAAGUGAUCGGGGGGCGUAUCGAUGCGUGGCGUCCAACUCAGCCGGUGCCGCCAGUGCUUCGGUGCGCUUGCACGUGUCAUCGUUGCCUCCAGUGAUGCAGCAAACCCGAGAGGAAAACUUACUCUUGGCUUCAGGAGGACCUUUUUAUGCUGACUGCACUGCCAGAGGCGCCCCUCCACCAACCUUGCGAUGGCGUACCCCAGACGGAGCUGUAGUUCGUCCAUCCCAGUUUCUCCAUGGCAACCUUUUUGUGUUGCCAAACGGGACCCUGCAUAUUCGAAAGAUUGGACCUAAAGAUGUUGGAAUUUAUGAGUGCACCUCUUUUAACGCGGUUGGAACUGAUAAGAGGACAGUGAGAGUGGAAAUUAAAGAGGCGACACAACAAGCAGAAGUGACCAAUGAUACGAAAAUCACACCACUUUCAUCUCCUUUUCUGAAAAACAGAUCUUUGCCUCAUCCUGUUUUCCAUUCAAAGCCGCUUGACUCUGCCAGAGUGACCCCUCUCACUCCCAAAUCCCCAUCUUACCCUCAUCAGUCCGCUAAUGCUGACUCAGCCUCUAAAAUCAAUAGAAGAGUCAUCACCUCUCCCUCACAGCCGACUAACUUGACAAAAACAUCCAUGGCCGCACAUAAUACCACACUCACCUCACACACCUCUGACAAAGCUUCAGUUAUUUUACACGCCUUGCCAGUCUCUCCGUUGAGUAAAGCCAAAAUUGUCUCAACUUCGCCCCCUGUCACCGCUGUGUCUUAUGGUGAGAAUUUGCAGCUCCACUGCUCUGUAACAGGCAACCCAACCCCCGUCAUCAUUUGGAGGACCCCCGGCAGAAAACUGGUCGAUAUGAAUUUUAGUUUCGACCGACGUCUGAAAGUGCAUCAAAACGGCACACUGUCCGUCCAGUCAGUGACAGAGCGGGAUGUUGGAGACUACCUUUGCAUUGCACGCAACAAAGUCGCUGAUGAUUAUCGCCUCCUACGUGUGUCUGUGGUUAUCAAGCCUGCAAAGAUUGAGCCCAAGCAGCCUUUCAAUCAGAUGGUGACAUUUGGAAAAGCACUGAAGGUGGAUUGCUUGGCAUCGGGAUUACCGGACCCGGCAGUCAGUUGGAGUCUACCAGAUGGAACUAUGGUGAACAGUGUGUUGCAAGGAGAAGAAAGAACAGGGCGAGGACGCAGGCUUAUUGUUCUCAAUAAUGGAACAUUGCUGGUUCCGGCAGUGGGCAGGGGGGAAGAAGGCGAGUACACUUGUUAUGCUGAGAAUCAAGGAGGUCAAGAUACCAUGAAGGUUCAUGUCAAGGUCAUGAUGACAUCUCCACCUAUCUUCAAUGAUGACAAAAGUUUCCAAGUUAUUAAAGUACGUCAGGGGUCUACAGCAGUUCUUCGCUGCCAGGCCAGUGGGGAUCCCCCUCCAACAGUGACCUGGUUCUCCCCAGCACACCGUGUCAUUAAAGCCAGUUCUGGUUUUUACUCUGACCGAGUUACGGUGGCUUCUCCUGGAACUCUGGAGGUGCGUCAAGCCCAGAAAAUAGAUGCCGGAAACUAUACAUGCCGAGCAAGCAACUCAGGUGGGGAACGCAGCAUGGUCGUAGGCCUCGAGGUGGACGUUCCCAAUAAUGGAAACAGUGGCUAUACUGAUAUUAAUGCUCGGAUAAGGACACUCACGGAAAUUAACAAAGCAGCUAGUAGACCAGGCGCCGGAUUCAAACUGCCUACAAGUGGAAUCACAACCCAGCUUGGCCGUGGUGUCAUCGUCGGUGUGAACAGGGGUGGAAAUAUUGGCAUAAAAGCAAGUAACAGUGGAAUUAUGAAUAGAAAUGGACAUGAAACUUUGAAUAGUAGGCUGACAAAUGGAGCCACUUCAGUUAGAGAAACAAAUGAUGCAAUCAAUCUCAGGGCAAGAAGCAAUGAAGUCGCAGCAGAAAACGCUAACAGUGAUGCAAAUCCCAGUAGAGAUACUGGCAUCAGAAGUGGCACUUCUAGAAAUGGCGCAUUUACAAGCAGUUCUACUAACAACGGUAGAGCAAGUUGGGUCAGCGGCAACUCGGGAGUAACCAAUGACAAAAGCAGGAGUAGUGUUGGCAACACAGGCACAGGAAGCACGGCUAACAAACUUGUUGGCGUGGUAAGAACAGGGAAGCAGCGCAUAACCAAAGGCCAAACUGUUCUUUUGCCAUGUCCGGCUCAUGGAUCCCUUCGCUUGACCUGGUAUUUGCCAGGUAAUGGUGUGCUACCAGCCCCUUACUACGGCAGUCGGCUCACGGUGCAUCGAAACGGCACACUGGAACUGCGGGCUGCUCGGGUGACCGACAGCGGUACUUUGGUGUGCGUGGUGAGCGGCGACAAAGGAGAGACAAGAAUUCAGGUCGAGCUGGAGGUCUCAGAACCGCAAGAAGCAUCCCGCCCACUUUCCUCUGUGGCACCUCGCUCACGAGCCGCACAAGUAUUUCAAUCGGGGCGGGCGUUGUCUGUGGUGCCUCAUCCCCCACAACCUGCUUCUCCAAAAACGCCGCAACGUGGGCCGUCUUCGCUUGUAGCCCCUGAUCCAGUAGGUCCUCUCUCACCCUCCGCCAUCUCAGCACCAGUAGUGAGCACUCAAACAGCUUCUUUGAUGAGCAUUACAAACGGAGAAACUCUUCGCCUACCCUGCUCUUCUUCUCAAGCCCCAAAACACACCCUGGGCUCACUUUCUUGGACUUUUCCCAGCGGCAAGGUCUUAUCCAGAGGUGACAGCUGGGACUCCGGCCGGUACUUGGUCCAAGAUGACGGGACGCUGGUGAUCCAGCAAACAUCUGUGUUUGACCGGGGCACUUAUACUUGUAGGUCCACUAGCCCAGAUAGUUCCUCGGUUUCAGUUGUCACAGUUCCCGUCAUCAUCAUCGCCUAUCCCCCUCGGAUCACAUCGGGACCCCCACCUGUGACCUACACACGACCUGGCGUCGCAGUGGAGCUGCCUUGUCUCACCAUAGCAACUCCCCAGGCGAUAGUUACCUGGGAAACACCAGACAUGACACAGCUGAGGGUGCUGGGCCAGGCUCGUAUCUAUGGUAACCGUUAUCUGAGUCCUCGAGGUUCUCUGGUGAUACAGAAACCGUCGAGCCGGGACACAGGAUUUUACAGGUGCACGGCCAAAAAUGUGAUAGGGGUCGACACUAAGACGACAUACCUUCAUGUUAUAUAAUGAGGUAAAGAACAUGUGCACGGCAAGUCUGUUACUGACUAAAUGUUUCAAUGUUUUCCCCAUGCCCAAAGGAACUGCAAAGCUUUGUCUAGAUAUUGUUGAUGUUGAAGAUCUUUGUAUCAGUGUGUUCAAGGUUUUUGUUGACACACAUACUAUCAUUUAUUCGUUGUGCCUUGUCUUUAUGAUAUGACUAAAACUCUUUUCAAAAUGGUGCUCAAGUUACAAUAAUUGCGACUGUAUGAUGCGCAACACUGUUGUUCUUUUUUUGUGAUUACAUAUAAAUACACUUGAUACCUGCCACUCUAGGAUUAAUUACAUUUUGCACAGUUUCUAACUCAGUAACUGCCAAAUUUAACAAUGCAAAAGAUCAAACACGAUGCUUCAUUGGUUUAAAAUUCUAGUAUAUGCUUUGAGCAAAUAUUAGUUCUUAAUUUGUAAUUCAAAUGCAGUAAAAAUUUAUAACCUAAAACUGCUUUUCUCGGGGACUGCUCAUCUUUUCAAUUUGAUUUUUAAAGAUAAUGCUUGCUUGCGUCUUCUCGGAAUUAAUGCAGCAGUGUGAUAAGAUUGAAAGACAUUUAAAAAUAUGUUAGCCAGAAAAAGUGCAUGUUUGUAUUAUUGUGAUGAUAAAAAUGGUUUUAUUCCAUGUCUGUGCACAAGAAUAGCAGCUCAGCAAUCUUAUUUUACUUUCAUUUUAAGUUAUUGAUCUUAAGACUUUUUGAGUUUGCUUCUUUAAAGAGUAAUUAUGUUGUAUUUGUCGAGCAACAAGAUAGCCUUAUAGUUUUAACAGUAUCAUUUUAUUAAUAAAUUGAAAAAUAAUACAGAAUAUGCCUUAUUUUUUCCCCUUGAGUUUAUUUUCGUGUUUCAAACUCAGCUGUGGAACCGGGAGUGAGAUUUUGUACUGCAGGCGCAACACAUGAUGAUGACAUCAGAUUCUUUGCACUGGAAACUGCAAUAAAACUCUCAUGAGUCCACAGUGCCAA